AUGACCCGGUGGGAAUGGAUCCCAUUCAAACCAAUCAUUGGUUCACGGGUUUGGUUCGAAUGGGAUCGAUUCCCACCGAAUCAACUAGCCGUCUUUUUAUUUGUACAUCAAGUGCCAACUACGAGUCAGCUGAUCUUCCUGAUGGAGCCGCCUCCGCGACUCUCAUUCUCCAACAGCACAGGAGCCAGGGUGCUUUGCGCAGCCCACGGGAACCCACCUCCAGCCAUCACCUGGCUCACUGAGGAUGGAGUACCAGUUUCGGAUAUACCAGGACUCAGGUAA